AUGCAGCUUUCCUUUGUUUUCCAUUUCAUUUCUUUCUUUUCAGAGCACAGAGCAUUUCGAGCACACAGAGCAUUGUCUUUUGACGUUGCCUUGAGCAGCCUGCUGACAUUCUCAAAGCCACUCACAACAGAGCUUCCUCCGAAUCAAUACCUGGGCUGUUUCGUAGCCACCGCCACCAACGGUACCCGUCUCUUGGGGACCGAAGCCUACGAACAGAACGUCGCAGGCCUGACCCAGGAAGGGUGCAAGACUUUCUGCGACAGCCACGCGGGCGCGCCGUGGAAAUACUUCGGCGUUGAAUUUGGUCGAGACUGCCGUUGCAGCAACGAGACGCUCUUCAUUCCUGUUCCAGCAGGAGCCGGGGAGUGCACGACGCCAAUGAACGGCAGCUCCACGCAAGCUGGAGGUGGCCCCAAUCGCGUUGUGGUUUGGCAGAACGCGAACUAUACUACGUUUGUUUGCCUUUUGGGUGAGUAUGUCUGCGCUUCGGCCCAGGCCAUGAACCGGAUAUGA